AUGGAAGCAGCUGUUCGCUGGUCGCCGCAUUCGGUCCCUGGUAGAGAGCGAUUCCUGCUUGUCGACGUCACGGAUCAGAGCCUCACAUUGAACCACGUCGAGGGAAGAAGUUCAAAGGAUGUCUCCUACCACACCGUGGCGCGUUAUGGCCGCUUGCCCAAUUUCGGAGCAUUCGAUUGGCACAAGACUGACGAGUCCAUCGUUGCCCUCGGCCUUGUCAGCGGUAGUGCAUGUCUGGUAAAGCUGAACGAGGACGAACGACCAUCCCAAACUGUUGCUACAUUCAAGCUGAAGCAGCAGCGGAAGUGCAAUUCAGUGGCCCUCUCUACCCAAAACUGGCUGGCAGUUGGCCUAGAUAAGACACGAUCUGACAUAGGACUCAACAUAUGGGAUGCGAACACCGACAGUCAGAGCGGACAGGAGGCCCCCAUAAGGAGGCUCUGUCCUGCAGAAGUCGUCUCCAGCGUGCGGUGGUUUCCUAGUCAACCACAAGAACUGAUUGUAGCGGCGCAGCGCUCUUCCAUCAGGAUAUACGAUCUCAGAGAUGGAUACUUUGGAUCUGGCAGCAAUGUACAGGUGUCAACUCGCAACGUGAACAACAUCACCAUCGAUUCCGAUGAGCACUAUUUCGCUUCUGGGGGGUCUACUGGCGAUCCUGACGUCUCGGUGUGGGACAAGCGAUGGCUCACCCAGAGUGUAUCGGGCAAUGGCGUGGCAGUAUUCGACAUGAAAUCGGCUGUGGACAACUCUUCUCGAACUUCCAUUUGGAGCUUACGAUACUCUGGACAAAGGCGCGGGCGGCUCGCCAUUUGCUCCAGCCGUGGAGAGCUUCGUGUGGUUGAUAUGGUGGAGGGGCGUACAUCCAUGCCAAACGCGAACGAGUACGUGCCUAUCAAUACGUAUGGGGGAACGCCGUGGAAGACCAAUUGCUAUGUUGCACAGACUCGCAGGAUAGAGGGACCACACGAAGACAUAGAAGACGUCCGCCCUAACGAGAAGUUGAUAGCCUUUGACUGGAUUGCGGGGAACAGUGAGAAUGAAGAACAAAAGGUCAUCGCUUUACGGCCGAACCGGAAACUGGAUAUUCUGAAGGCACCUUGCACUAUCCCACACGCUCGUAUCAGCGCUCGACACGACUUCAGCGUCGCCUUUCACGAUAUAUCGAUAACCGAGAUUGACCCAAGUUCAGAGGCCACCAGACCGAACCUUAGGCAGAGGAGAACAGCAGAAGACUUUGGUCCAUACAGUGGGGAGCCCGUUAACGAAACGGCCGAGGAGAAGAAACUCUUCUGCGGCCCAGCCUCUCCCCGAAUAUCUCAUCUACUUGCCCCAGCCACAGUUCAACGACAACGAUGUCGCCAAGGAUACCUUUUCAAUUGUCAUACAAACACCAAAAUCAUAGCCGGGAAUUGGCAACUUGAGCGUUUGUGGGAGAUUGUGAAUCGCUUCUGCGAGCAAUCUGCAAAUGGAGGCAUGGUUGCAGAAUCGCUGGAUCUGAGCUUCAUCGGCGUGGCUGGCGUAUGUUUGGAGAGACUUGGUACCAGCSCGAAUCGAAGACUCUCACCUUCGCCGGCCAAGAUAGAAGAUGCUGUGACCGAAUUGGCUGCGGCGCGGCGGUUGCCUGCUUUUGAGGGGCAGCGUACAAACUAUGCUAACCACCGCCAGCUGUGCCUGGAGAUGUGUGGUUGGAAGUGGACCACGGAGACGCUCGAGGACGAAUGCUAUCAGCUCAUUGAACGUGGACUGCCAUACCAGGCUAUCGUGCAGGCCGUACUUCAUGAACGCGUCCACGUUGCGCUCAACAUCCUCCGAACACUGAUCAGAAGCAAAGUUGUGCCGAACAUUGGAUUGGGUGCGUUGCUUGCCUCCGACACUAUCAACGAAGAGCAGCGGGAAAUGUGCAUGUGGAUGGCAGCAGACACGGAUGAUCCCGCACUGAAAGCGCUACUUACAUUUCUAGCAAGCCAGGAUUGGCGCGAUGUGAUGAAGACAAAUUACCUCCAUCUAGGAUACAGGGUUGCUUUGGGCUUGAAGUACCUCAACGACACCGAAUUGGGAGGCUUUAUUCAGAGCGAAACAGCACGUGCCGUCAAGAAUGGCGACUUGGAAGGCCUCCUGCUCACCGGAUUAGGCGAACAGUCGAUGGACCUCUUGCAGACUUACAUCGCAAAGACCAACGACCUUCAAACCGCCGUCCUUGCGACAGCUUUCACGAAUCCACUCUACGUCAACGACCCGCGGUGGGAGAUGUGGAAGGAGACAUACUUUACCCAGAUGCAAAGUUGGCGUGCGUUCAGCGAGCGUUCACAAUUCCUUGUCCAGCACAACCACAUGGCCAAGACAAGAGAUGGCCAGAGUCUCACGGACACUCCUGCGGGACAAGUCACCCUUCGAUGUAAUCACUGUCAGUCAUCCCUCGCAAGACAGGACGGCGACACAAUCGCCGGCGGAAAUAGUCGAGGCUUCACGGGUCCCGCAGCUAGCUCGGGCAUCAUCUGUCCCAAGUGUGGCAGACGAAUGCCACGUUGUGGUAUUUGUAAGAUGUGGCUAGGUACACCGGACCCUCACCGGCGCGGAGGAGCGACAGAGCUCUCGAAACUCGGAGAUGUCAUGGCGAAGUUUCUUACUUUUUGCGUGAGUUGUCAGCAUGGCUUCCACGCGGAUCAUGCGAGAAGUUGGUUCAAGAAGCAUAGCACUUGUCCUGUGCCGGAUUGUCGCUGCCUGUGCAAUGUGCGCUGA